AUGUCAAUUCCGAGGACUACCAAAGCCUACCGCCGUACGGAGGGUGACCUCCCAAGGACCAUCGUGCAGACCACCGAGGCCCUGCCAAGGCAGGAAGAACUUGGCCCCCAUGAUGUCUUGAUCAAAGUGCACGCUGUGUCGUUGAAUUACCGCGACGUGGCGAUGCUGAAUGGGUUGUACCCCGCCGCAAUACAAGACCGAGGAAUCCCCUGCUCCGACUGCGCAGCCGAAGUAAUUGCUAUGGGUGCAUCCGUCCAAGACUUCGUGCUCGGGGACCGGGUCGCACCAAUCUUCGACGUCAACAAUUUUACGGGGCUGGAGGACGAGCCUCACCGCUCGCUCGGCGGGGAUCUGCCUGGGGUGCUUCGCGAGCAUGCUGUCUACGAGGACAAGUUGCUCGUCAAGCUGCCGGAGUAUCUGACGUGGGAAGAGGCUUCCACGUUGACUUGUGCUGGUGUUACGGCGUGGAAUGCCCUCGAUGGCCUCAAGAUGAAGCGCAAGGACCCGGUUGUCCUAUUGCAGGGAACGGGAGGAGUAAGCCUAUUUGCCCUCGCAAUCUGUAUAGCCGCGGGAAUCAAGGCGAUUAUCACGUCGUCUUCCGAUGAGAAGCUUGAGGCGGUCAAGAAAUUGGGCCCGGACGUCCACGGCAUCAACUACAAGACUACAGCCAGCCAGAAGGAUGCCAUCCUCGAGAUCACCAAUGGCAAAGGGGUUGACUUUGUUGUCAACAACAGCGGCCCAGGCUCUAUCCCGGAGGACGUCGGCUUCCUUCGCGCGAGAGGCGGCACAGUGUCCCUCGUCGGCUUCCUGAGUGGCUUGGGGGGCACAUGGGACCCUAGUGAGAUGUUGGGCGUGAUGCAAAAGGUCGCCAAGAUCCAGUGA